AUGGGUGUCUCUGAUCGGCUGCAUGACGCGACCUACCGUCUGUGGAUUUACCUCCUACCUAUACCUGCCCUGGUCUUCUAUGCUAUAUGUCUCACCGCCUGUGUUUCCAACUCUCCAGGCAUCUGUGCCUCCACAGUAGACAAAUCGGCGAAACUCUUUUGCCAGCCCAGCUCCGGAAAAGCCAUUGACGCACUGCUCGCCUCAAUCUCUGACAGCAGUGCUGAAAACGGGACAAGCGCGACCAGCUCGGCAGAAUUAAUCUACUUCGCACUCAAGAUUUACAAUAUCGGUCAGCCAGGCCACAGGCGCAAUGGCGUUCCUUACGCAGACGGAGGCCGUGUCAACCAUUCGAACACCGCUGGGAAAGCGUUGAGCAUUCUGCAGUGGCUUGUCUUCGUGUUCUCGGCAUUGUUUGAUGCUGGUAUAUCGAGCGUAUUCAAGAAACAGGGCGGAGUCAUUGAGUCGGCUGGGCCCAAUCAAUAUAAAAUGGCUACAAGCAACAAGGCCCCUGCCUCCUAUACACCGCCACCGCCACCACUACCUUCCCCCAAUAUGCCGCUGCCACCAGCCCGAAAUUGA